AGAUCGAUCACCUGGCUGGCGAGAUCUAGCAAUCUACUUUUACCGUGGGCCUCAAGACGUGCGGCAGGGAGAGCAUUCGGCGAGAAUGGUGACAGAUUGGCAUCCCUGCGGCCUUUUGAACAGCAAACCAACCCAUCCCUACGCAAUCAUCGUCCUCAACCAGCCCGUGAACAAACACGCCCUGAAUGCCGUUAUCGGGUCAGCCUCGUUACUCGUGUGCGCCGACGCUGGCGCCGACAGGCUGUACAAGUACGACAAAGCCGCGCAGAACGGCGUGUCAAAGUUAAAGCGCCGCGUUCCGGAUGCUAUUAUUGGGGAUCUUGAUUCCCUGACAGAGGCGGUCGGAGAGCAUUAUCGCUCUCUAGGGACUGAAGUGAUUAAGGACCCGGAUCAGUACUCUACGGACUUCACAAAGUGUCUCAAAUGGAUUCGCGACUGGGCAAUAACAAAGCAUGGGCAUGACGCAUCGGAUCGCGGCGAAGAGAUACAGCCCAUUAUGGACGUCGUCGUACUAGGAGGUCUCGGAGGUCGGGUAGACCAAGGCUUUUCGCAAGUCCACCAUCUUUUCAUGGCGGAGAACCAACCGGCACUUUUGAGGGGCCGCAUUUAUCUAUUGUCAGAACAGAGUUUGUCAUUUGUUCUAGCUGAUGGCCGCAAUCGCAUCCACCUCGAACCCGGUUAUUUUGCAGAGAACGUAGGAAUCCUCCCUAUUCUCGGGCGCAUUCUCCUGACCACAAAAGGUCUUGAGUGGGACGUUGAACGAUGGCCCACUGAGUUCGGAGGCCAAGUGAGUACCAGUAACCACAUACGGUCCUCCGAAAUCGACAUUUCCUUCGAGGGUCCGAGACCAUUGUUCACCUUGGAACUGGACAAACGUCUCACGGUUACUUGCGAAUAAGGCUGGUAUUGUGGAUAGUGACCGGUCGUCUCCUGACAAGGUUGGUGCAGGUUGGAGCCAAGUCUUUGUUGCGGGUUGACUCUCCGUGCUUUCUUCCGACCCACUAGCGGCCAAAACAGGAGGGCGGCGGUCGGGGUCUUGGUCAGAUGCUGUUUUCAUGGCAGGUCUCGCUUGUCCAUCUUUGCUUCGAGGCCGCGGAGUGCCUGGACUCUUCAUGGUCGGCGCAUGUGCUGCGACCUUGUAACCACCUGGCGAGGAAUGGCUUUGCUGCAACCACCGCCGGAGUGGAGUGGCGCAACAGGUUCACAGAGUAUGCGGACCAGAGUCGGCUGCUGAGUGAUGAGCUAAGCGGAGAGUUUCAUGUCCUAUUGAGGCCAAGCGGCCAAUCAGCCUGGCUUCUUUGAGGCAAUGGGGGAGUGCUUGUGCGGUGAUUGAGAGCUGUUCGGCGCCUCUUUCUCGCACGUUACCGAUGUGGGACGUGAUUUCUUGGUGCCGUACCAGUCAACGUCGCUCAAAUUGAGUCUUCUCGCUCGGGGCGCAUGGCGUCCCGAUCUCUCAGCACGGCUGAGGGAAGGAUUGUAGUGAUCGG